AUGUGGCGGCCGCAGCCCCGGGCGCAGCCGCCGACGGAGGGGCGGCGCCGCGGCGGCGGCGGCGGGAGGGAGGUGGCGAGCCCAGAUGGUCUGGAGCACUUAAUACCUGCAGGCUCUCUUCGUAAAAAGAAACUGGCAAAAAGACCUGGAUAUAUGAGGCAGGAAGCUCAGCAACAGAUAGAGUUUCAGUCCCUGAGUGCCUGCAAGCCAUUCAACCCAGAAGAGCUCAAACAUGGCAGAAAGCAUUGUGAAGACUUUGAAAACUGCUCUCUAUGCAGACAACACAAAAGUAACUUUGAAUUCUCAUGCUGUCAUUCAAUUGUAAAUAGCACUGUAGUUCCCACUGAUGUGGUAACAACGUUGGCCACUACUGGAAGCAUGCCAGGAAGCUGCAGAAAUCUUUCAGGUUACAAGAGUCCACAGGCAGAGAGCGUAAUUACACCGAUCUACCCUGCCACAGCCACAAGCAAAGGAAGCGUUUCUGCUGGGUGCUGUUCAAAUGCACAGCUAACAACUCAUAUUGCUAAAGUAAUUGAGCCCCAGAAGAUGUGCGCUUUGGAUGAGACAGAAGUGAAUAACAACUGUGAAUAUCAAAAAAAAGAAGUUGCUUCUCAUUCCGUUGGUCCACACGAUAACUUCUGUUCAAGCUUCAGCUUCAUACAGCUGUCCCUAAACUCAACCUCGGGAGCAAGUGAUGCUGAAGGCAUGUCAACUGCCAAGGAAACUGAGCAUGUUCUGCAUCCCAGCUCUGUGGGAAGGCUACAGAAUCGGGAAGAGAGGGAAAUAACUCAUGAGCGCUCAGGAGCUUUGCAUUGCUUCUCCAGGCCCAGUGAGAUUUUGAAGUAUGAAAAUGAGACAACAGUGAAUGAUAAAUUACAGGACUGUGAGACUGUCUCUCUCUCAGAUACAGAUGCAACGUUUUCAUGUUCUACAGAUUCCUCAGAUGCAGCAUCUGCUGGUUCUUCUGUCACCUCAGGCUAUGAAAGUAGCUUUACUGUUAGUGACCAUAACUGGGAUACUUUGAUGAAAAAAUAUGAACCAGUACUGCUGGACUGCCUGCGUGGCAACCGCACUACAUUAAAGAUAAAAUCUUUGAUUUUACAGCUUCAAAGGCUUCAGGAAAAAGCAAUAGAGGAAGAUGAUUAUGAUAGAGCUGAUAAAUUUAGACGAAAACUGGAAGAGCUGGAGAAAGAGAAUUCUUUAAAAUUUCAGCUUCCUUCAAGACAUCCUUCAAUAAGCAGUUUUUUGGACAGAUUUGUUACCCAAGUUCAAGCAGCAUUGCACUGGGCCAGAGAUCGGGUUAGAAAUGAAGAAACUCAGCUCUGGCAAGAAAAUGAACAUAAACUUCUGAGAUCUACCUACCAAGAGAGGAUUCAGGUUUCGGCCACAAAACGAAACCAACUUUUUCAAGAAAAGAAAUGGUUACAGAAAGAAAUCGAAGACCUCCGAGCAAGGCUGGCUGUAUUAGAAGCAAAAGAUCAGCAAUUAAGAAGAGAAAUUGAAGAGCAAGACAGGCUUAUUCAGUCAAGUGACUGUGAGCUGACUGCUUUGCUUGGCUCUGUUUCUUUGAGAGAGCUACAGGAAAUCAGCAAGGCUGUGGAUGACGCUUUAGCAUCGUCCGAUCAAAUUCCAUUCAGUUUGGAUCUGCCGGGGACAAUAAAGAGCCUUCAGGAAAGAGAGCAAUCAUUCAGCAUGUCCAUUAAAGAAACUACUGCCAAAGUUUGCACGAGUCAGAAACUCUGCAGUACUUUGAGGAGGAAAGUGAGUGAUAUCGAGACUCAACUACCAGCUCUACUUGAAGCCAAAAUGCUGGCCGUAUCAGGAAGUAAUUUUGGGACUGCUAAGGAUCUGGUGGAAGAAAUAAGAUCAUUAACAUCUGAGAAGGAGGGGCUGGAAGGGCUUCUCAAUGAGCUGUUGGUGUUGAGUGCCAGAAACGUCCGAAAAUUAGAGAGAAUUAAAGAUGAUUACAACAGACUGAAACAAGAACUUGAGCAGGGAGAGACUGCCUUUGUGACCAGUGUGAAAGAAAAUGCAGUAAAAUACAUGGAGGUGCUGGAGGAUAAACUGCAUAGCUGUGGGAGCCAGCUGCUCCAGAGAGUGUGGGAAGCUGAUUUGGAGGCCUGUCAGCUGUUGAUCCAAGGGUUUCAAUUGAAAGAAACCAGUUGCUGUGUUUUUGAGGAAGAGGAGAACCAAAUGGAUGAGAUGGAGAUGACUGCUGAUGGCCCUUCUGAUUCUGAAAGAAGAAAAGAAAGUCAUUUUCCGAAGAGCACAGAGUGGGGCACAUGCCUCAAGCACAGUGGACAAAAAGAGGUUUUGGAAGAUACUUCAUUUGGUGCAGAAGGUCAUUUAUCUGAGGAGUUCUUCAUAUUUUCUGCAGAGCUGGGAGAAAAAUGUGAGGCAAUAAGUGAGAAAUUGGUGCGUCUGGAAGAUCAGCUGCAAACUUCAGUCUGCAAAGUUGAUGAUGGAGUUAUUCAUAUCCUUUUUGAUAUAUACAUUUCAUGUGUGUGUGUAUGUAUGCGGAAUACUUGCCUUUCAGAUUCACAUGAGGUACUAUUUUUUAAAUGUAGAUUAAAUAUAUUAAGAAAGAGAGAUUUGAUUGUCUUGCUGAAGUGGACAUUUUUGUUAGAGCAAGUUUUCCUGUGGUGCGUUUUCGCUGUGGCCUGAUCCAGCUUUAAUUGAUUUAAACAGAAGUUGGUUUCUUGUAAAUCAAGAUGAGGCAUUGAAAUGCCUUUACCCUACCAUUUUAUCCUCUUGUUUGUAAUGCCCGUGUAAGUAAAUGCUUAUUGCACCAAAAGGUACAUAGAAAGAAGCAUCCAUAAAUCUCCAUUUCCAAACGUGAUUUAACUAAAUUAAAUGAUACAUCACUGACUCUGACUGUGAAUAUUGUCACAUUUAAUUUGGCCUUUGUUCCUUUUGAAAAAAAAUGGUCAGCAGAUGCAUCAUGUGGCAGCCUCUGCAAUUUAAUUUGCUUCUA